UGUUCUUUUUUUAAGGGGUAUAUAUUUUUUUCUCUUGUUUAGUCACCUCUCAAGAAGUGAUGUCUCUCCACUAGGGUUUACUUUAUUUAACUGCCUCAUUCCGCACCACUCUAUUGCUCUAAAACAUCAUCUCUCUUGCCCUUGGUUGAUCUAUGUUUCUUAAUUGGUCUUCCUUCUCAUUGCUUUUUCAAUUUUGGUGUUCUUGUUCAGUCUCCUUUUGCCUUCAUAAACUUUUUGGCUCUAUCAUCUUUUAUGUUUGUCUUGUGUUAAGUGUCCCUCCAUCUCAGCUUCCCCAACCUCUCUUCUCUUUAGUUCUUCUAUUUGCAUCAUGAGUGAUCCUUACACCAAUUACUUCCAUGGAUGGUUCAAUAAUCUCAACCCUCUUUACCAUUCUUCUUCAUCUUCUACUCCUCCUUUCUCUUCCUAUAACUAUUUCUUGCCUUCAUCAACAAAUUUCCAAUACUUUCAAUCUUCACCACCACCUUCUCCUCCUUUGAAAGAACCUCUUCCUCUCCUUAGUUUGAGCCCAACAAGGCAAAUUCAUCAAGAUCAAGAUUAUUCAUCUACUAUGGAAGUUGACAAUAAUAAUAAUAAUAAUAAUAAGGAAAACAAAGAAGAGAGCUUCAUUUCUAACUUUGGUGAUGAAGAUCAAGAUGAUGAAAGUGUUAGUGUAGCCUUACAAUUAGGGCUUCCUAAUCCAAGCCCUCAGGAUGUCAUCUCAAGUAUUUCUAACACCAACAAAGAACAAGAAGAAGAACUUACUGUGGCCAAUAUUGGAUAUUCUUCCACCACAAGCAGCACACUUCACAAGGGUCAAUAUUGGAUCCCAACACCAGCCCAAAUUUUAAUUGGUCCUACACAAUUUUCGUGUCCGCUUUGCUUCAAGACUUUCAAUAGAUACAAUAACAUGCAGAUGCACAUGUGGGGGCAUGGAUCUCAAUAUAGAAAAGGACCAGAAUCUCUAAGGGGAACACAACCAACCGCAAUGCUUAGGCUCCCUUGCUUCUGCUGUGCACCUGGCUGCAGGAACAAUAUUGAUCAUCCAAGGGCUAAGCCACUGAAGGAUUUCAGAACCCUUCAGACUCAUUACAAAAGAAAGCAUGGAAUCAAACCAUUCAUGUGUAGGAAAUGUGGCAAAGCAUUUGCUGUGAGGGGUGAUUGGAGAACUCAUGAGAAGAAUUGUGGCAAGCUUUGGUAUUGCACUUGUGGAUCAGAUUUUAAGCACAAAAGGUCACUUAAAGAUCAUAUUAAGGCUUUUGGGAAUGGACAUGAAGCUUAUGGUAUUGAUUGCUUAGAGGAAGAGGAUGAACCUGCUUCAGAAAUUGAACAAGACCAUGAUCAUGAUCAUGAUCCUUCCAAUUGACAAUAUAUGGGAAAAAUUUUAUUUUGUUGACUCAUACAAGAGACAUUAGUUUUGUAAGGCUUAUUUUUAUCUCACAAAAAAAGUGGAUCUAAAAUUUAUAGACCCAAAAAUGUAUGAUUUGGGUCCACUCUUUUCUGAGACAAAAACAAGUCACACAUAACUCAACUAAUGUCAAUUGUGUGAGAGACAUAAUUAAAAUUUUGGAGGUACGCGGAAUGGAGUGGAGUGGAGUGGGAUGGGGUGGGGUGGAGUGGAUCAUUUUGAGAACUACAUAAUUUUCCUUCUCUCUUUGUUUAUGUUGCACUUGUAGCCUUAUUGCCUUUGAUCAUUUUCUUUGGUUGCAACUUUAAUCUUCCUUAAUGGGACAUGUUACACUCAUGAGAAGAUCAAGUCAGCUCGCUCUAUAUAUCUAAAAGUAUGUUUCAGUAAA